AACCGACGCAGGCGUGGAGGCGCAUAUAUUUGCUGACCAUCGGCAAAGUUAGAGAUAAUCCUCAGCUGAUCCUCCGCUACGAAGCCAUUUAAGCCGGCGAAUUGAGGUUUCGCGGAUUUGAAUCACCGCGAGAAAGAUAUAAAAAUACGGCGAUACGAAGGAGCGAAAUAAGGCGAGGGAUUGGCGAACGAUCGACAUGUCCAACGGAAGCAUUCGUUGGGCGGCGAGGAUCCUACCAGCAGAGCCACCGCGAUUGCUGGGAUGGAACGUCCCUGCCGAGGAAUUGGUCCAUAUACCGGAACAUUGGUUGGUCUACCCCGAACCCAAUCCCUCCCUUCACUACCUGCUAGCCAUCUUGUACACUCUCUUCACUUUCGUCGCGCUGCUUGGGAACGGAUUGGUCAUAUGGAUAUUCUGCUCAGCCAAGUCGCUGAGGACACCUUCGAAUCUGUUCGUGGUGAACUUGGCGUUCUGCGAUUUCAUCAUGAUGUUGAAGGCGCCUAUUUUCAUAUAUAACUCCUUCAACACCGGAUUCGCGACGGGUCAUGUGGGAUGUCAGAUCUUCGCCUUCAUGGGGUCGCUCAGUGGCAUCGGAGCAGGCAUGACGAACGCUGCCAUCGCUUACGACCGAUACAGUACCAUAGCCCGACCACUGGAUGGGAAGCUAUCGCGCGGUCAAGUAAUUCUCUUCAUCGUACUGAUCUGGACGUACACAAUACCCUGGGCGUUGAUGCCGCUGAUGCAUGUUUGGGGUCGCUUCGUGCCCGAGGGUUUUCUCACGAGCUGCACUUUCGACUACCUGACGGACAAGCAAGAGAUACGAUAUUUCGUGGCUACAAUCUUCACCUUCUCCUACUGCAUACCGAUGUCGCUCAUUAUAUAUUACUACAGCCAAAUCGUCAGCCAUGUGAUCGAUCAUGAGAAAGCUCUCCGCGAGCAGGCGAAGAAGAUGAAUGUCGAGAGCUUGCGCAGUAAUGCGAACACCAACGCUCAGAGCGCGGAGAUACGUAUAGCCAAGGCUGCGAUCACGAUCUGUUUCCUCUUCGUUCUCUCGUGGACUCCGUACGGCGUUCUCGCGAUGAUUGGCGCUUUCGGGGACAAAGCGCUGUUGACACCUGGCAUUACGAUGAUACCGGCGUGCACGUGUAAGUUCGUGGCCUGCUUGGACCCGUAUGUCUACGCUAUAAGCCAUCCAAGAUACAGGUUGGAACUACAGAAACGGUUGCCGUGGCUGGAGCUGCAGGAGAAGCCGCCCGCAGACGCUCAGAGCACCACGACUGAGAUGAUAAACGCACCGACGGCUUAAGUCUUACCCAAUUUCGUAAACGAGACUGUAACCGUGACAGAGGUCAAUCGCAAUGGUACUUAUGUUAAUCUUGUGUUCCUUACGAAGGACAACGUGCUUCGAUAGGUAACGCAGCAUGAUAAGACGUGCGAUGUUCGCGAUGGCCAUUGCCACGGGUUUCGUCUCCUCGCAGUCUUUUCUCCGGAUCGCAUGGACCACGACUUCGCGCUACUACCAGUACGACACUUCCUGUUUUAAUCAGGAAACAACGUGCCGGUCAUGUGUAACAAAACAAUGCAAUAAUAAAUCAAAUCCUUGGCAUACAGAACGUGGAAAUGGAUACGUUUCGUUCUCGAUAUAUCUCGCUCGCUAUUGAGCGCGACGGACGCGUUCGUAGAAGAUGAUCGAGACGAUUUGAACACAGCUGUGUAAGGAACAAUAACUAGCAAGUUACAACUUUAUUUUCAUUUUUCUCUUGUACACUUGUACGCUACUGUAGCCCUUAUAGCUACGGGUAGGGGGAGAGGAGGGAAUAGGCCAAUAUAGAAGACCAACAAAAAUAAGAUUCGCGCCGGUCGAUUAAUGCGAAAUCAGACUAGCUAGCGCUUAAAGAGUCGACUUUUUUUCCGUUUCUUCGCGAUAACGAUCCAUCCAUUUUGUAUUUGUUGCACCAUAUAUAGUCAGCGCGGGAAAUAGAAGUCGAAGUAAAAAAUAAAUAUCUGUGUAAUAUCUGUAUCGUCCCGAAGGGACUCCUCAGACGGGGUUCUUCGAAAACGGCCAGAAUCACCCGUCUUCCGCGUAAGCAAACGUCAAUUGAAGUUUCUCGAGUAAGCGUGAUAACUCGCGAGCAUCGUUAACUUAAUUAACAUGAAGACAAUA